ACCAGGUCCCAACCGACAAGUAUCUCAUCGCCUAUACAUAGCAGGAAUUUGAACGCCAUGACUACGUUUUCGACAUUCGUCCGCACCGCGCUCGUGCUCGUGUUCGUAGCGCAGAAGGCCGUAGCCUACCGCUGCUACUGCGUCUACCCCGAUGGAGGAUCUGCCAAUACUGUUUCCGAGAUUUGCUGCGUCCAGACGGGCGGCGAAUGGGAAGGACCCACCUACUGUAACGUCGGCGCUGACUUCGGUUCGUUCAGCCGCUGCUGCACCGACCCGAGCGAGGGCCGCGAGAACUACCAUGACUCUUGCUACGCCUAGGCUGCACAGAAGCUUAGAUCGUCCCCGCAGGCAAUAGGCAUCGAGGACAGAGCAUGCGUGAACAGACGAUGGAAGGUUCAGCUGUGUACGGGUAGUUGGAUUACGUUGAGAAAUUGAAAACGUC